UUUCUGGAUUAGGGCAGAAUUAACACAAAGCAGCGACGCCACUCCAGCUACACUCGCAGGCAACGCAGCAGAGGAACGAAGGAGGGACCGGGACGCUCGAGCGAACGCCACCUCCGAAAAACUCCAAAACUCUGGUAGCGAGAGGCGGACGAGUCCAUCCCAGAGAGAGAGAGAGCGAGAGAGAGAGAGGCAGGGGAUCUUUGCCGACAAGGUCCUGAAGGAUGGAAGAGAAGCAGUUUGCUGGGAUCCUGAACGGAGCAGUUCCAGGCGAGCCAGUGAAGAAGGAUGAAAACUCCCGGAGAGGGAACUGGGGCAACCAGAUUGAGUUUGUCCUCACCAGCGUGGGCUAUGCUGUGGGCCUGGGCAAUGUCUGGAGGUUUCCCUACCUCUGCUACAGAAAUGGAGGAGGUGCCUUCAUGUUACCGUACUUCAUCAUGCUGGUGUUCUGCGGCAUCCCCCUCUUCUUCCUCGAGCUGUCCUUCGGUCAGUUCGCCAGCCAGGGGUGUCUGGGAGUGUGGAAGAUCAGCCCUAUGUUUAAAGGUGUGGGCUAUGGCAUGAUGGUAGUGUCCACCUACAUUGGGAUCUAUUACAACGUGGUCAUUUGCAUUGCCUUCUACUACUUUUUCCUGUCCAUGACAAAAUUGCUGCCAUGGACCUACUGCAACAACCCCUGGAACACACCGGACUGCAGCGGGGUGGUGGGCAACAGCCAGCAACUCAAUGCCAGCCUGGCUAACGCUACUACAAGCCUGGUAGCAGGGGUGUCCGAGGUUGUCAACCGCACCAAGAGGACCAGUCCCAGUGAGGAGUACUGGAAACACUAUGUGUUGAACAUCUCGGAUGGCAUUGGGAACUUUGGAGAGGUCCGUCUCCCUAUCCUAGGCUGCCUGGCUGUGUCCUGGUUUGUUGUCUUCCUCUGUCUCAUCAGGGGCGUUAAAUCCUCUGGAAAGGUGGUGUACUUCACAGCCACGUUCCCCUAUGUCGUUCUGACCAUCCUGUUCAUCCGUGGCAUCACCCUGGAUGGAGCCAUCAACGGCAUCAAGUACUACCUGACUCCACAGUGGGAGAAGGUCCUUGAUGCAAAGGUGUGGGGAGACGCAGCGUCACAGAUCUUCUACUCCCUGGGCUGUGCCUGGGGGGGUCUCAUUACCAUGGCUUCCUAUAACAAGUUCCACAACAACUGUUUCAGAGACAGCAUCAUCAUCAGUAUAACCAACUGUGCGACCAGCGUGUAUGCCGGCUUUGUCAUUUUCUCCAUCCUGGGCUUCAUGGCACACAACCUGAACGUCCCUGUGUCAGAGGUGGCGGACCACGGCCCGGGCCUGGCCUUCGUGGCCUACCCAGAAGCCCUCACUCUGCUCCCCAUCUCACCACUCUGGUCGCUGCUCUUCUUCUUCAUGCUCAUCCUUCUGGGACUGGGGACUCAGUUCUGUUUGCUGGAGACCCUCGUGACGGCCAUCGUCGAUGAAAUUGGUACAGACUGGAUCAUCAGGAACAAGACCGUAGUCACGCUGUCAGUGGCCGUAGCUGGAUUCUUACUGGGCGUGCCACUAACGACACAGGCAGGAAUCUAUUGGUUGCUACUGAUGGACAACUAUGCAGCUAGUUUCUCCUUGGUCAUUAUCUCCUGCAUAAUGUGCAUCUGCGUCAUGUAUGUCUAUGGUCACAGGAACUACUUUAGAGACGUUGAGAUGAUGCUGGGCUUCCCUCCUCCUCUCUUCUUCAAAGUCUGCUGGAGAUUCAUCUCCCCUGUCAUUAUCUCCUUCAUCCUGAUCUUCACAGUGAUCCAGUACAAGCCCAUCACCUACAAUGACUAUGUGUAUCCCGGCUGGUCUCUGGCUAUUGGCUUCUCCAUGGCUCUGUCUUCAGUGGUCUGCAUACCUGUCUAUGCCCUCUACAAGAUCUCAAGGUCCCCAGGAGCCACCUUCAGAGAGCGGUUGAAGUUCGCUUGCCGAGCACAUCCAAAGUGGGGCCCUGCCCUGCAGGAGCACCGGACAGGCCGCUACGCCCCCAUGGCCUCCGAAGACACUGUGGAGGCUCGGCCCCUUAAGGAGAAGGAGGAGCUGAAGGAAGAGCUGAAGGCGGAGGAGAAGGAGAAGGAGAAGGAGACGGAGAGGAAGGAUGAGAUCAGCCUCACCAUCCAGGGAAGCAACGGCUCCACCAACACACACAACAACCCCAACCCCAGCGCAUAGACGGCACCCUGCCCUGUCAGUGCAAGUGGGCGCGGGCCCCUGUGCUCCACCGUCUCUUCCUUCUCUUCCUCCCUUCUCCUCCCUUCUCCUCCAUCCUCACCCCACUUUCCCACAGUCCUCUGUGGGGGAGAUCCCAUUCACUGGAGACCUUUACAUAUUGUAAGGGCUUAUUAUAUCUAUCCUAACCUCUUCUGUCUUAUCUGUGUGUUGUCUCUAGAUAAAGGAAUGAAAAAAAAAAAUGAAAGGAAGAAAAAAUUGGGUCAUCAUCCAAAAGAUUUGUGUGUAUGUUAUUGUGUGUGCGUGGGUGGGUUGUUAAUUUGUUACACAUAAUUUAAUAAUGCAGUUUGUUUUUCCUUUCCUUUUUUUGUAAAACUUGUAUAUGUCAUCUUCAUAUGCAGUUAGAGGUGCAGUAGAUUGUGAAGCUGCAUGAGUUUGUUUGGUGCAUGCAGCAACAUAGAGACACACACUGUUCUCCUUUAUUCUGUUAGCUGGGUCUGUUUGGUAUCGGUGAUUUUCUAGCAGCAGUGAUUUGACAGCUGGGGACUUGUUGUGAUGCACAGUGGUGCUGUAACAAAGAGGAGCAGGGUGAACUGUGCCUGUACUGGCCAUUUGCGGUUUGAUGAUGCUGAAAGAUGGAAAUAGGCUCAAUUCUACGGCCAGAAAAAGAGGCAGAUACUCUCAUUCACACUCAUACACUCACACUAUUGUACAUUUUACAGCACACAGUGACCUCAACCGUAGUUGAUCUCAGCUUAAGACUAAGCCUGUUGUUUUUUUAUGCUGCUUCUUCUUUAAAAAUACUCUACAAGAGCACAAAUAUUUAACAAACACCCGAGAUGGCGACUGACACUUAGGGCUGAUUUUCUGUGGAAAUUUCCUCUAUUUGUAACUUUUUUUCAACUAAAGCUGCUUAAACUGAGCAGAGAAAUAUCAGUGAACCGUACUGUACUCUCUGCCUCCGCAUUCACACACAUUUUCACACACACACACACACACACGCACACACAAAGCAUUAGUUUCCAGUUUUUUUGACAGAAGAGAUCCCAGUGCCCAUUUCUCAGGGUCCAAGCGAAGGUAAACUUUGUGGUUCAUUGCUGUUCCUUGCCUGUGGAAACCUUGUCUCGACUAUAGGGACUGAAACCACCGAACUUUUCCCGCUGUCGAAAAAACACCUACACAUACACACAAAGCAGGUGGAUGCAGCUCUGUAUAUAGAAGUGCCAUCUCUUCUCAAGUCUUCCAGGCAUUCUUUUUGAGUGAAAUGCAUCUUGGGAUGUGGUCUAUGAAGGAGGAUCCGGGCUAGAGGAGGUAGCGAGUGGAGGGAUCAUAGGUGUGUCGUAGUCUGUGUCUCCCGUGGGCUGUAGCAAUCUGCCCCGUUAAGGCAUGUUACCAAAAACAUUACCUGAGUUACCUGAGUCCUGCACAUGUUUUUGGUAACAUAUAUACUGUAUAACUCAGAGAGACUGUUGUGGUGUCUCUUACAGUCAGUGGAACCUUUAAUGUAUUUACAGGCAUUUCUUUUAAAGCUCUGAGCCAAGCUGUGACUGGAAAGACAGAGAGUAGAGACAUGCGGCUUGUUUCUAUAAGAAUACAGAAUAAAAAUCAAUUUAAAGAAAUUAUGUAGUUUUAAAUGUAGCUAUAUAGUAUUGUUCUCUCAGUAGAAUUCUCCUUUUUACCUCUCAUUAUUGUAAAGUAACUUACCGUAGUAAAUAAUUUUAAAGACAGCAUAUGUUUAUUUUGUACAAAAAUAAAAAAAACUACAGAAUCAUAAUUAACCAUGUUUACUAUUCCUCGUCUGUGAAUUGAUUUGUUGCUGUUUUGUUGGAGGGUGUGAUAGGACAGAGAGGGGUCUCUUUAGCAUGCAGGGUUAGGUGUCUGACUGGAAAGCAUCCAGGGUAACUUCUUAGUAGUGUGAUGGCAAAGGGUUAAUGGCAGUCUAAAUACAGAACAAAUACAUAAAGAGUUUAUUUUUUUGUCAUCUAGACAUCUUCAUGGGAAGAUCACAUGUUCCUGUUUUUUCAUCCUAAGAUGCUUUUUUUGGACGCCGGCUCAGGUGGUAGUGAGAUGCUUUUAGCUUCAUGGACAGGGAGGAUGUUUGGGAUUUGCGACAGGUCUGGCUGUAACGCUACUUCAAGUUGCAGAUUUCAGUUUUUCUUUCCGUGUGAGCUGUCAAAUCAUCAAUAAAAUCAAAGACGUUAGGGGAACAAGAGGGCUAUGAUACCAGUACGAGCAUGGAACAGAUUCACAUGAUACAAAAUGAUACACAGUUUACCAUUUAUGUGUAGAGAGACUUAAAAGAGUAGUUUUAAAAUUUGGGGGAAAACAUUUUUAUUUGCUUUCUUGCUGAAAGUUAACUGAAAAGAUUGAUACCACUCACACUUGUCUGUAUGGUACAGCACUUGACUAGCUUAGCUUAGCGUAAAGACCUGCUUUGUCCAAAAUCUACCUACCAAUGAACGCACAAAAACACCUGCUGGUUGCCUGGCAACUGGUCCCGACCAAGAUAUACAGUAGAUUUCCUCUGUUUCCAGUCUUUAUGGUGGCCCCAGCUCUAUAUUUUAUGUACACACAUAAGAGUGGUAUUAAUCUUAACUCUCGGCAAGAAAGCAAAUGAGCCUAUAUCCCAAACAUUUUGAACUACUCUUUUAAUAACUUUAAAAUGUCUAUGCGAAUCAGGCUUUUUAACAGUUUUUAGAGACAUUGAAGCUUCAGACUAAAUCUGUACCGUCUUUUUGGCCAGCACCACUAUUCCCCACAAUCGUAUCAGGAUACUGACUUUGACAUGACGGUGCAGUUGCUCCACCAAAUUCACAAGGUGGGUUGAUGCUGACACUCAGGGUAGUAAAGGCACAUUUACAGAUGAGUAACUGUGAACUAAAUACAAAAAAGCCCAACAGACACAAGACUUUCUGUGGCUGAAAAUGUUAAAUGUCAAGAAAGCAACAAUGGGAGGGGUCGACGCUAAGCACAGAAGCUGAAAUAUAGUCAAAAUAAGUAAGCACAGUGAGCGUAGUAGUAGUAGUACAGUUUACUUUUAAUUAAAUUACUGCAAAACCAGGUGCUCUAUGAAACAAUACAUUAUUACCAUCUACUAAAUACUCUAAAUAUAUAAGUAAUUCCGGUCUGAGGAAGGUUACACUCUCUAAAUGAGGUUUCAUUUGCUGAAAAUGGUGAAUAUGAACUUAUUAUUGUCAGUGUAUAUUGGGACAGCUUGUAGCUCAGAUCGUUUCCUGUUUGUGAUUGCCUGUCUUGUGCGUUCAUGCUGUAGUAAGCUUAGCAGCCAUGUUACCAUGCUAUCUCUCUAUAUAUCCCAGCCCUCACCAUCUCGGCUGGCCCCACAACUCUUCCUCCCUUUGUACAGUAAUGUAAAAAAAUAUAUAAUCGGACUGUGUGUAUGUGUGUGUUUAUCUUUGCUUUUAUUUUAGGGGUGGG